AUGUCUAUCGGAGGGGGCUACAACUAUUCAUAUAUAUUUAAAUAUAUAAUUGUUGGUGAUAUGGGGGUAGGAAAAAGUUGUUUAAUGCACCAGUUCACUGAAAAAAAGUUUAUUCCAGAUUGCCCACAUACUAUUGGUGUUGAGUUCUCCACAAAAAUCAUUGAAGUAAAUGACCAGAAAGUUAAGAUCCAGAUAUGGGAUACAGCUGGCCAAGAACGUUUCAGGGCAGUAACACGAUCGUACUAUCGAGGAGCUUCCGGGGCUUUACUAGUUUACGACAUCACACGGAAGCCAACCUUCAACCGGAUUCAAACGUGGUUAACAGAUGCUAGGCGACUGACUUCCCCUAAUACCGUUAUCUUUCUUAUUGGCAAUAAGGCUGACCUCGAAGAGCAACGUGAUGUUACUUAUGAAGAGGCUAAACAACUGGCAGAUGAAAAUGGUCUUUUGUUUCUAGAGUGUAGCGCUAAAUCUGGUGCUAACGUAGAAAAUGUAUUCACUGAAACAGCUCGAAAAAUAUUCCAGAACGUCCAGGAUGGAAGUGUAUAUCUAAACAGUGUUGAUGGAGGUGUAAUAAGUAAAGGUUCAUUAACGCCAGGUACUGGACGGAAUAGUGUAGAACUUGGCAAUUCAGCUUCAACUAAUGAUGGAACUCGUCAAAGUGGGUGUGCUUGUUAA